GGACGGCGACUUACGGUGAUUGAUCAGCGAGGACGGCCGGUGCCAUCUUCGGCGACGUCGGGAACGACGGCGUCAACGACGAUCAGGGGGUUGUCUUUCGGUCAAGGGAAGGGAAAACGAGGAUCCCCGCCGGUCAGAGACUUACCGGCGAUGGACGCGGCAGUGAGGGUAAGACGGGUUUUUUCUUGCAUGUCGUAUUUGGGGGUUCUUUUGGCGAUUUCGAUUUAUUUGGUGAUUCGAUCUUUUCGGGUUUGG